UCGAAAGUAGUAGGAAAUGAUCGCAUAACGCCCCACUAACACUACACAAUGACAAGUUAUGAAAUGCCUUUAAAAGUCUGAACUGGGAGAUACGAACUCGUGAAGCAUGGCUCUGAAGGAGAACAUUAGUGUAUGGCUUGAUGGUGUGCAGGCAUUUGAGAGUGAAGAUUUUGCAGGUGCACGGGAAACGUUCCUAUCCAUUUCUGACCCGACUGCUAGGAUUUUGUUCAACAUCGCCCGUGUAUCGAGUCUGAACGAUUCCGUAAAGUAUCUGACUGAAGCUAUUGAAAAGGACCCCCAUCUGGCCGUAGCCUACUACCAGCGAGGGCUGCACUACUUCACAAAGAAACAGUAUGAUCGGGCCCUACAGGACUUUAAUAAAUCAGAGGAGAAGAUGCAUGGGCGACCAGUACUGGACUACAGUCAGCUGGGAAUGGCAUUCAAAUUGCAUUCUGCAGAGUUAACUAUUACCAAGGCAGCUGUGUGGCAGAAGAUAGGACAUAGUAAGCAGGAAAUUGAAGAAAGUGUAAUAAAAGCAAGUCAGGAAGCUGAAGAGGAUGCAAUGAAAAGAAAAUGUGCGAGUGCUCUUCAGAAACUUGAGGGUCGUGGCAAUGGUGGUCUGGACCCUGUACAAAUACACAGUCAUUGUAUUUUCCAUCCUCCAAAAAGUCUGACUAAAAAUUUAAAGAAAAGAGAAUAUGUUGGCAAGGCAAAGGUGGUGUCCGACUAUCAGCAGAGGAGCAGAGAGAGUUCUCCUAAUCCUGACGGGAGGCAACCUAUCAGUCAACAGGCUGACCUUACCAUUCCCCCUGACAGGCCGAGGAAGGCUCAAACAUUGCCUGGAAGUAUGGAACAGCCAGGACACAGCUCUGGGAGAGGAUCCAACCAACUAGAUAUAUCUUCUGAUGGACAGAAAAAGUCUGCAACAAUGGCAGGCACCACUGUAACGAAACGUUUGCCCCCUCCGCCUAACAGAGCAGCGCCUAUAUUGUCCAUGAAUCACACCGAUUCAAAGUCAGCAGAGGACCUAUCUUCAGACAAACAUGCCAAUUCUUUAUUUGUGGAAAAGCAGAAAGCCAGAAGACACAGCCACGAUGUUCCUAGGGAAUUUGGCUCAGAAUUGACAAAAGUUUUAGCAGGACAGCUAACGAAAGUGAAAGUAGGAGAAACUAUAGAUACUAACAAUAGCAAAGUGAAAGAAGAUCAUUCCAGUGAUAGAAAUGGUAGUGUACCACCCCCUCGGCCCCCUCGACCCCCACGUCCACGUCCCCCAGAAAUUGUGGUAGAAUCUGAAAAUGACAUCCCUCCUCCUGUUCCUAGAAAAGAUUAUCCAAAACCACGAUAAUACAAAUACUUAUUUCUAGAUUGUCUAGAUUAAAAAGUAAGGAUAAAGUAUAUACAUUUUUGUAUCAUUGUUUUCAUGGUGGUUAAAGCUUCAUGUAAUUGAUUUUCCUGAAGAUUGUACAGACAGGGAAGAAACCGAGUAGUAAAUAUGUUUAUAUGUUAAUUUCCAGGUACAUGUGUACUUUGUCACAUAGGAUGUCAUUUGUUCCUGUGAUCACCACAAAUCUACAAAACUUCAGCAUUAUCAGUUACACGUUAUAGUAUUUUAUCUUAAGAGUCCUGAAGUCGGAUUGGUUGAGACAGAAUUUUGGGCUCUUCAAUGUAUUAGAGAAGGCUUUUCUCAGUCUUGGCUUAUCGGUACAAUGUAUCAUGUUCUGAAUGACAACGUUGUAUAUCUAGGCUUUACAUUUUUGCUCCAUUACUCUAUACAAUACAAGAAGUCCAACAGACCUCACAUGUACACGUCACUGUGUAUACAUCUUGAGGAGUAGUACACCAGUAGAUUGAAUAUAGGAUACUGUGAUCUAUAUUUUCCACUUCGCUGACUUCAGUUUUACUGUGCAUUUAGCUCCAUGUCUUUAGUUAGACUUCUUUUUUUGCUUUUUUCUAUCUAGUGGGAGCAGGGACAUAUGUAUGUUUAACAAACAUUUCUAGGUCAUAAUGGGAACCUUUUAAUAAUUUAAUAGCAUUAGGUGACGGCUCGAAAUACUUGUUGUUGUGAAGUCUACACAAUUUUUGUUUACUUGGACGUCAUAUUUAACCCUUCACCCCUAUGUAACUUGAGUAGACUCUACCAUGCAUUGAUCUGGGUGAGUCCAUUAUGGUCUACAGUGGUGAAAGGGUUCCGAGGUGUGAUAUGCGUCUUGCUCACUACACAGGGUAAUACAUUUUUGACUUGGGCAAGUGCUUUAAUUUAACACACCUUCUCUGGGCAAGCAUGUACAUUUGAUCAUUUAAAUGAUGUUUUUAUUAAUGUCCAUUUCAACAAAAAUAAUUUACACAAAAAAACUUUCAGUUUUGGGUAAGUGCAAUUUUGGUUCCCACUUGUUUUAACGCUUUUAAACCUUUCCUAUACUUCCUAUUUUGUCUAUAUCAAUUGUCUAGUACACAAAUAUCCUGAUGAGAGGAAAAUGGGUUAUGGAAUGAUGGAUUAAAUUUGAAAUUUUGGUAUUUAAUUAUGAUUGACAUUUUGUAAAUUAUAUAAAAUAUUACAGUUAUUUGAGUUUAGCUGCCUAGGGUCAUCUUUUAAUGGAAUCAUUGAAUGUGGUAUUUUAGUUAUAUCUUCCAAAUGGCCAAAUAUUUUGCUCAGAAUUAUGAUUUACAGAACUAAUGUAUCUUAAAUUUGAUGGAUUUGUUUAAGAGUUUGACUGUUUAAGGUGCCCCUGAUACAUAUCCAAGUGUUGAGAUUGUAUGUUGUUCUUUACUUCAUCACUGAUGUUUCUUGCUAAUUUUAUCUAAUGAACAAGAGAGUGGUAGUAAUAUGUUAAGCAUGUCUUGUUCUCUAGUUAAAGGGUUUUAUCUAUUAAAGUCUUUACAGGAAGAGAAAAGUUUCGUAGUUAAGAGAUAUACAAAUAAUUAUGUACACAUUUUGUUCAUAAACAUGUGCCUGAUUAGGUACAAAGAUAAUUAUACAAGGAAAUGAGGGGAUGUCAUGGUGCUUUAUGUCAUAGCUUUACUGUUCAAGAUGUCUCCAGAGAAAACAAGAUGUGUUUUUAACAUUCCAUGACACUACAUGAACAGUUCACAUCUGUUAGUGGAUAUCAUUUGUACUGAUAUAUAAUUAUCACAUAAUGUACUGUGUUAUCCAGUGAAUAUACCCAUGUCAUAUGUUCUUUUGCAUAU